AUGGCAGCGAUGGAAAAACAUGCAAAUGUUUCCUUGAUCUACCACCAAGACCUGGAAUAUCCUUUGAAGGAAUAUAUGAACAACACCGAUGACUACCUAGCUUUGCUCUGUGGGCCUCGGCGCAGCCACCUCUUUCUCCCGGUGACGGUGGUGUAUGCACUGAUUUUUGUGGUGGGAGUCGCUGGCAAUAUCCUGGUGUGCCUGGUGAUUCUUCGGCACCAGACUAUGAAGACACCCACCAACUACUACCUCUUCAGCUUGGCCGUCUCUGACCUCCUGGUCCUGCUUCUUGGCAUGCCCCUGGAGGUCUAUGAGAUGUGGCGCAACUACCCCUUCCUGUUUGGGUCCGUGGGCUGCUACUUCAAGACUGCGCUCUUUGAGACGGUGUGCUUCGCCUCCAUCCUCAGCGUCACCACAGUCAGUGUGGAGCGCUACGUGGCGAUCCUCCACCCGUUCCGCGCCAAGCUGGAGAGCACCCGGCGGCGGGCCCUCCGGAUCCUUGGCUUCGUCUGGGGCUUCUCUGUUCUCUUCUCUCUGCCCAACACCAGCCUCCACGGCAUCAAGUUCCACUACUUCCUCAACGGGUCCUUCAUCCCAGGCUCUGCUACCUGUACAGUCAUCAAGCCCAUGUGGAUCUACAGUUUCAUUAUCCAGAUCACCUCCUUCCUCUUCUACAUUCUUCCCCUGACUGUCAUCGGUGUCCUCUACUACCUCAUGGGACUCAAACUGAAGAAAGACCAACCUCUUGAGGCAGAUAAAGCAACUGCAAAUAUUCAAAUAGCAUCCAGAAGAUCAGUCUCUAAAAUGAUGUAUGUCUUGGUCUUAGUAUUUGCUAUCUGUUGGGCCCCAUUCCAUGUUGAUCGGCUGUUCUUCAGCUUUGUGAAGGAGUGGACAGAAUCCCUGGCUGCUGUGUUCAAUCUCAUCCAUGUGGUAUCAGGUGUCUUCUUCUACCUGAGCUCAGCUGUCAACCCCAUUAUCUACAACCUAUUCUCUCGCCGCUUCCGAGCAGCUUUCCAGAUGGUGAUCUCUCCUUCCUGCCAACGGCGGCACUCCCAGAACAACCCACAGGGGCCAUCUACACAGCGGAACAUCUUCCUGACAGAAUGUCACCUUGUGGAGCUGACUGAAGAUGCAGGUCCCCAGUUCCCUUGGAGGCCAUCCACCUGCAACUCUCACGUCCCCACAGCCGUCUGCACUAGACAGGCACUGAGAAAGGAACUCUCAAGGAGUUGA